GUCCCUAUAAUGGUUUAUAAUUGUACUAGUGUCAUUGUCGUAUCAUAAAAAAAUUCAAAUAAUAAAAUCGAAUAAAUUACAAAUAAAGAGAAAUUUAUAUACGUUGCAUGAUUUUUUUUCCACAGCGGCGCUAGCUCCGGUGACUACACAAACUCCGAGCUAGGUAAGUGCCGAUGUUUCAACUCCCCCGAGGAAGAAGAACCGAUAAAUCUCACAUUCGAAACAAUGUAAUCUCUUAGAAUCUUUAAAGAUUCAUCUCUCUCCCCAUUGUCAACAACCACCGAUCUAUUCUCCAAAGGAUGAUCAUCAUCAUCAUCAUUGCCUGAGCCAACAAGUCUCAACUCCUUCGGAUGAUCUCUCCGGGUUUCAACAUAACCCCAUUUACUUCCACUCUCCAUAUUCAACUCAAUCGACUUAAGAUCACUCUCCUCCUCAUCCUCAUCAUCAGAACCGUCGAUUAUCUCCAAAAUCCUACGAAUCGUUCUGGCUGGACCAAACUAUGAAGGAGAGGGUUUCAUCUCAGCUGAUCUAGAUAUUGGAAACAUAGGACGAGCCAAGUUUGACUUUGAUGUGGUCGGUCACUGCUCGAGGCCUGAAGUUUUUAGCUUGAACAUAAGGGAGCAUCCGAGAAAAGCGGUCAGCUUCACGUCCAAGUAAAGGGCCAGCCCAAUAAAAAAGACUAUAUAACUGAGGAAUUUAGGGUUUCCGCAGUCACUCUUUAUUCACCUAAACUUUCGCCGAUUUAGUUUUUAUUUUUCACUCUUGCGGAUCUAUCUUCUCUCUAAUGGACAAGAAGUGGAAGCAUUCUGUUCUUCAACCUUGUUCUUCAAGAAAGAAGUCUCAGGAAACGAAAGAACGAACCCUAAGAGAGCUAAUAGACCUUUCAUUGAAGCAAAUUAAAUCAGUAAAGAAAUCGCUGAAACAAAUUCUGAAUAGCAUACAAGCUGAGAAUAUUCCAAAGGAGAAAGAAACAAACCAAACUCAUUUUAGUUACCAAUAUUCUUCGAGAUCCUUUGAUAUACGUUUGUAUAAAUAUGAUGAUGAUUAUAUACGUGGUGAUGAUAAUUAUAUAUGUGGCGAUGUGAAGGAUCCUUCACCGAAAAAGCUGAAACCAAUCAAUGAGAGGCCUGAAGUCUUUAGCUUGAACAUAAGGGAGCAUCCGAGAAAAGGGGUCAGCUUCACGUCCAAG